CAGGGUAGUCCAUGAGGAAGAGGAGGCUCCUACCCAAACGACUUUGUUCUACAGAUUCUCCCAGAAAGCCCUAGGCCGGCUGGGACCUGGGGUCAGAGAGGGAUAGGAGAGCGAUUCCCCAGAAGACUCUCUCUCCUGGGAGACCCUAGGACCCGCAGGCCUUCCUCUGCUCACCCUCCACUGCGUCUCCUCCCCUCUGAGGAUGACGACCCUGCUACUCAUCUCCUUGGUCAGCUGUCUCGUUGCCGUGAAUCAAGCCAGCCUCAUCAACCGAUGUGACUUGGCCAAUGUGCUGCACCAGGAGGACUUGGAUGGCUUUGAGGGCUACUCCCUGAGCGACUGGCUGUGCCUGGCUUUCGUGGAAAGUCACUUCAACAUAACAAAGGUAAAUGAAAAUACAGAUGGCAGCUUUGACUAUAGCAUCUUCCAGAUCAACAGCCACUACUGGUGCAAUGAUGACAAGAGUCACACGGAAAACAUUUGCCAAGUGGACUGUCAAGAAUUGCUGAGCCUCAAUCUUCUUUCAAACAUCAACUGUGUGAAAAAAAUUGUGUCCGGAACAGGGGGGAUGAAGAACUGGGUAAAAUGGAGGUUGCACUGUGCAGACCGGCCACUGUCCUACUGGAUGACAGGAUGCCACCUGGCAUGAGACAGGGAACAGGCCUGUGGUGGAGUCAUUCCAGAACUCCUCUCCUCACUUGGGAAUUUUUCAUUUCUUCUUCCUCUUGCCUCCACCUCAUGUUAUUUUCUUCCUUUCCCAUUUACAAAUAAAACUGACCAGAGCCCCAGGAAUAAAUAGUUUUCUAGGGCUUCCUCCUUGUUCCUAUCCAGGCCCAGGCCCCUGGUUCCUGACUGUCAUUUGCAAACCAAGAAG